UAACAGAAGACUCCUUUAGGGAGGGGAGCUUUACCCUAUCGAAUACCUGUGGGUAUCCUUAUUAAAAACAUUUUUUCCCUGGGACUUAUUUAUAUGUAAUUAACUUAUAAUAAAUAUAUAUGAGAUUAAAAAAAAACAACAGCAAUCCCAUGGCAGCCGGUUGUACGUACCGGAUCGACCCGAUGGAGUAAUUUAUCGGCAAGGGCUGCCGCCUCAGUGUACAACACGCCGCUACAACAACAACAACAACAUAAGAUUAAAAAAAGAAAGAAAUUAGCUACUAUGGCCCUCUGCUCUGCCUCGGGUUUAUAAGGCAGUAAUUUAAUAUCAAAAGAUGUUAUUUAAACAGUUAACACAAAGACAGACAGUCGGCAGCAUGGACUACAGAUCCGUGAAUCGUUGGCUAAUCUUAGCAUAUUCCUUGGCCUUGAUGACUGUCAAGGCACAUGCCAAUUUGCAACAACAAACCGGCGACACUGGCCACAAUGAUGCAGGAAUCAAUGGCGUAGGAUUUGGCACUGGCUAUGGAAAUGACGGUGACGAAGGCUUUGUAAUGAUAAACAAAUGCUGCGAAAAAUUCGAAAUACGUAUCGAUUCAAUUUGCAGUCAAGUCAAUAAGAGUGAAUAUUACCAACCAAUGUUUACCAGCUAUGGCGGCCAACAUAAUAUGCCGGUAAAAUAUAAAUUCGUCAUUGGUUUACCAGCUUGUGGUUCCAUGCAAACUUGGCCCAUUUACCAUUACCAAGGUAGCCCUGAUAAGCUGGUUCUCUUGGAAGAUGGAAAAUUGCGACAUUACACCAACACCAAUGAAGACGAUGAAAAUUCCGAUUAUUCCGAGUCGUUUGGAGAUGAUGAAAAUAAACCGUUAUUUUACGAUUAUGGACGUGAUCAAUACUGCAUUGAUAGGGCUAUUUCAACAUCUGGCAAUCACCGACAGGUCUUAUUUGCUAACAUUUGUUUGGCCAAGAAAGAAUUAAAAUGGACCGAUACAAGUUUUUUGAUGCGUAAAAUAUUGAAUCCUAUAUUUCAUGUGAUAUCCUUGAUAAUGCUGCUCAUAAUAGCCAUAGUGUAUUUCAUUUUACCCACCUUAAGGGAUCUGGUGGGCAAUAUAGUAACGACUAUUGCCGUUUGUCUAAUGGUGGGUCAAGUGGCCGAUCUUGUUCGCAUAUUCACCGAAUUCACUUCACACGUUAGUUUCAUUGUGGCCGACAUAAUAUUGUACUUUAGCAUAUUGGCUGCCUUCUUUUGGUUAAAUAGUUUCGGUUACUAUAUUUGGAAGACAUUUCGCUCACGCAAUGUAUUCUUAAGGGUAACUGAUGCCCGCAAAUAUUGCUAUUACUCGGCCUAUGCAUGGGGCACAACGGCAUUUAUGGCAGCAAUGGCUGUCUUUGCACAUUUCUUUUUGGAUGCUGAGACAUAUAAAAAACAAAAUGUGGUAGCCGAUCAGGAGACAAUGGGCUGGUUGGGUAUAGCCAUAUUUUUUGCACCCAUAGCCUGUACCAUACUGGUGGAUAUAUUCUUCUAUGUGACAACAUUGAAGCUAAUAAAUCGACGAAAUGUUUAUGGACGCAUACAACAUAAGUUAAAAGCUAACUUUAUAAUGUUUGCAUUAAUGCUUUUAGUUUUGACCGCUGGCUGGUUAUUCCUAUGUCUCUCUUGGCUAAACUUUGAAGGGCUAUUCUAUGCCCAAAUUGUGGUCAAUGCACUGCAGUCACCCUUGCUGCUGUACAUCUGUGUUCUAAGGCAAAAGCAUGUAACAUUUCUUCUAAAGAAAUCGUGUUGUUACAAUGAACCACCUUCAACCAAUGAUUGGGGCGAUGAGAUGCAUUAUAUGAACUGUAAUGAUUAUUAAGUAAACCAGUGCUAACCAGUCCCUUCCUCUUCCCUCACAAACAAUUUUUGGCAGCGAACUGAUUUUUAUAUAUAGUAAUGUUAUCGUAUGAGACAUGACAAACUUUAGUGUUUAUAGAAAAUUUAGCAUUUAAAAAUGAUGAUCAAGUACAACUAUUGCGAAAUUCCAUUAAAUAUAUGUAGAGAUGUUAUGUGAUGAAUUCUGCUGAAAACUCGGCACGUAGUCUACAAUCGGACACAUCGUUUGUAUUACAAACAACUCAAUAACUAUUAAUAUGUAUAGGUUUUGUAUCUAAAUCUAAUCAUGACUCACCUAAGUGUUAGGAAUUUUUUUUAUAAUAAUCCAUUAUAUGUAUACAUUAAAUGUAUAUUAAUUAAAUAUUUACAAAAAACAAAACAAAAUGAAUAAA